AUGAUUCCUGAACAUAUAAUCUAAAAACUUAAACCAAAACAAGGCCAUUAUUCAAUUGAAGUUAAGGAAUCCUUCAUUGAUAAAUAACGUCGUCUAAGUGAAAUUGAAAGAUAGACCAUUCUUCAAAAAAAGCACAAAGAAAUGCAAUAAUUCAGAUAAACAUUUUCUUCAUCAAGUUCCAAGUUGUCUAAGCCAGGCAAAAGAAUUAUGAUAAGAACUAAAGGAUGCAGUAACUAAGCUAUUCCAUUAGAAUAAUAUUAAUAAUCUAUUCCUACUCCAAUCCCUACUCCAACGUCUAAUAUUACUAGAAAACAUCAUUAAUCAUUAUCAUCAUUUUUACCAAGAUUGGAAUCUGAAAAUAAUUAACCUAUAAAAUAAGACCCAGAGUUUAAUAUGAAUACUUAAUAAGAUAUGCAUAAGUAACUGGAUUCCUAAAAUCAAAAUAUGUUAACAGAAUAAACAGAUCAAAUGUAAAUGUAAAUGUAAUCAUCUGAAGAAAAUAAUAAUGAUCACAUAUAAUGCAUGGUAGAAUAACAUUUAUCUGAUUAUUAAGCUUUUGUUAUGCAUUUGGCAGGUAUAUGAUUAAAUGAUAAAAGAUAGGAAAAUGCAUUUGUGUUUAAUGUCCAUGUGGAAAAUGUAAAUGCAAAUUCGAAUAUUAACCAUUUAAACCUAAUAUCUCAUGGAAAUCUCAUUAUAAUUAAGAGUUCAAACAAACACAAAUGAAAGAUUAAGAAUUAAAAAUGAAUCUAGAUUCUAUUGGUCGUUAUCAUACAUUAGAUUUAAAUGAAUUUAAAACAACAAUGGGAUCUGAUUAUAAAUAGUGUGAUGCUUUUCCAAAUAAUAUUAUUGAAAAAUAAAAAUACUAAGCUACUUAUGGAUCAACACCUAUGACUUCAUAUAAUGUAAAAUAUAAUAUUAAUUAGAAAUUCUAUAUGGAUUAUGGAGAUUUACAUCAUGAACAAUUCAAACAAAGUCAUUAUAAAACUGUAAUACCAGAAUUAAAAUUUAAUUCAUCAACUACUUAUGGUACUGAAUUUAGAUCACCAAAAUAAGUAGACACAACUGUAAUUGAUAAAUAUGUUAUUAGAGAGUCAAAAACCCCCAAAUGGAAAACCUUUUCCAACAAUAGAUUUAUUUUUAGGAUAAUCAUAAAAUAAAUUAAUACAUGAUUUAAAAAUACCUGAAAAAUGUUAUUAAAUGAAGAACUUUUAAGAAGUAAUCAAUAGGAAUUUUUAAUAUAGCCAAUUUAAAAUAUUCCAGCUUUUGAGAAAUAAUUUAUGAGUAUGACAAAAAAAGAUUUUGUUAUGAAAGAAGUACCAUGUAUUAAGAAUCAAUAUUCAUAAUAAUAAUAAUAAUAUUGA